GGCUAUAUGUUGAACGUGGCAAAGGUUCCACCUUCACUGUUGUUAAAACCGGCAACCUGCCAUAAAUUUUUUGCACCAGUAACUAUAAACUUAAGUUGUGGCUCGUAAUUUGCUAAGAAAAAUUUUGAAUCAGGUGUGUAAUUUUAUUUAGUGAAGCGGUACCGUCCUGGAAAAGGAGCCGCCUUUGAUAAGUUUUUCAGGUGGCCUACACUUCGUGAUGGUUGUGAUGGUCUGCAGUGGUAAACAACGGUAAAAAUCCCUCGGGAAACGAUCAAGCAUUUAUUGACCACACAAAUACACAGUUACCUUCAAAAGACACCAAGGCCGAAAGUUGAAAUCAGAGACAUCAUCAUGGAGAUUUUGCUCUGGUCACUUAUUGUAACUGGUGCAGCGGUUGCUUGUGCACAGAUGCUACGAUGGGUAACAAAAAGAAUUUUGAAAGAUAACAUUUUCUCAAUUGUUGACGAGUUCCUUGCAGCACUGCAAUGUUCCAUUGGCAUCCUAGAAUGUGGUGUUAUAUCGGGGGCUUUCGGAUCGUGGUCCUGGAUAACAAUUAUGUCCGUAUUUGUUUUCAGCUCAGUCAAGCAUUUUACAUUUAUCAGAGGAAAAUACAUUGGAAACCCCGUGUCGUUCAUUGAUCGAUAUUACCUCGCUGGUAAAGCUUUUGUAGAUUCGCCAGUUUUCAUAUUCUCCAAGAUAAGUGCUCAGGUUGCAGGAGCUCUGAUGGCCCAUCCAGUUUCCAGGAUGUUUUGGGGCAAGACGUAUUGCUCGCACCACAGUCGUGCCCUGCUCUUAGAAUGCAAGACAUCCCUGUCUGUCCCUUUCAUGCAUGGGUUCUUUGCUGAAUUCAUUACAACGUUUAUAGCUUGGUCUGUAGAUUCAGUAACACCAGUGAAGUGGAAGCCACCCAUACGGUCUGCAGUGUCACUGUCUCUCUUUUUUGCCUUUUUUGAAACAAGUGGUGCAUGGAUGAACCCAGCAAUAGCCUCAGCACACACCUUCAACUGUUUAGGGCAUCAAAAUCUAUGGGAACAUUUUAUUACCUAUUGGUUAGGGCCAUACCUUGCUGCAAUUGUAUUUUAUGAGAUUAGAGAAGUUCUGAUAGUGAUGAGAGAGAACGUUUCCAGCUCACCUUUAAAGCAAGAUCAACAUGCAUUUGCUUCAAAAAGUUUGGUGGAAAGUAAUGAGAAACAUUCGAAUUACAAAGAUGAAACCCAGGAUUCAGUAAAGUCACCCGCAGUGCCAAAUUCCAAGUACCACAGACUGGCUGGAGGCUCCUUGCGCCAGAGGGUUUCAAAUGUUGGGUCACUCUAAUGGGAUCAUAAACUCAUUAAAUGACUUCUCUUAUUGAAUACAGUUGUGAUUGAAAUUCAAGAUUGAUAGAAGUUUCAAGAAUAAAGUUGGAUGGCAAAUAUUAUAAUCAUGGCUUAAAUGAUAAACUUGCAACUGAUUUAACUUGAUAAGUUUAAAAAUAAACAACAGCAUAAAUGAGGGUUUUGUGAUAAUAUUUUAUUAUUUUUAAACCCUGCUAGUUCGAACUUGUGGCCCAGUAAAGCUGAAACAGUACUACUUUUGCAGUUUGUUGAUUGCCAAAAUCCAGUUUUGACAUCAUCUUACUCUAACUUUUUCUAACUUUGGAAUAAAUGAAAAGGGGAUGCAUUGGUGGUGCCAAUCAAUUUUUUUUACUUUUUUCGUGGGGAAAGGCACAAAUAUGCCUUCUUUCUUCACCUCUCCCUAUUUAUUAACAGUUACACACUGUUGUGCUUAAAGAUAGGAAUGACUGGAAUAAUGCAAAGCCACUGGAAAGUGUUUGGGAAACCUUCCCCUAGCUUUCUUUAUAUUGGGUAUAUUUUUCAUGCCUCAUAAGUGUACAUUGUA